UUUCACACACAAUGCGGAGUGUUCGUCCGUCCGACAGACACAUGGGCUUCAGUGCCACUCAUUCCAUCGGUCGACUAGCCGUCUACACCUUCCAGCGCUUCUGGAGAGCGUGCAGUGCCGUCAUGCUCACACUCAUCCUCUGCUACUGGCUCUACGGGGGCGUACUCAUCUUUAUUCUACUCUUGAUAGCCCUAGGAGGCGCAUUUUACAACUACCAAGACAUGCUGUUGUAUUAUCCUGAACAACCAGAAUCGGCACGAGUUUUUGUACAAACACCGAAUACCGUCGGUCUCCCGUAUCAGAAUGUCUACCUCAACACUGAGGACGGCGUGCGCAUCAAUGGGUAUUUCAUCAUUCAGGCGGCUGACAGAAUUCGGAACGCGCCCACAUUCCUCUAUUUCCAUGGCAACGCCGGGAAUAUUGGUCACCGAUUGCACAACGCGCAGGCGCUGUACUCCCUUUGUGGCGCCAACGUCUUGCUACUCGAGUAUCGAGGAUAUGGAAAGAGUGAGGGGACGCCGAGCGAGGCAGGCAUGCGACUCGAUGCACAGGCGGCUCUCGAGUAUUUACUCAAUCGGUGUGAUAUUGAUAUCAAUCAGAUUAUUAUUUUUGGUCGUUCGUUGGGAGGUGCGGUUGCGAUCGAUUUGGUGUCCAACCCAAUUUAUAUGUCGAAGGUGUUUGCAAUGAUUGUGGAGAAUACGUUCACGAGUAUACCAUUGAUGGCGACGCAGAUCGUUUCGGGGAUGGAACGGCUGCCGAUGAUCUGUUUUAGGAAUCAGUUUUUGAAUGUUAAUAAAAUACAUCGUGUUCGCGUGCCGGCGUUGUUUCUGUCUGGACUGGCCGAUCAGCUUAUUCCACCGAAUAUGAUGACCGAAUUAUUUCAGAUGUGUGGUGCGAGGCUGAAGCUGCUGGAGAGGUUUGAAACAGGAACUCACAAUGGAACAUGGCAAUGUGCGGGAUACUAUGAGGCAAUCAAUCGUUUUCUAGGUCACGUCCGACAUAAUCCAUCAAACACAUCGCUAUCAGACGACAUCGUUUAAUUUGUUGUAUAAAUUUGAAAAAUACAAUGAGAAAUAACAGAGGAGA